AUGUACGCCGUAGAGAGCGUGAGCCAACUGUCGACUGUAGUGCCUUCCUCGUCCGGUGGGCCGACCAGGCCCUCUCCGUCGUUAUCGGCGGGGAGUGCUGAGGCCCUAUCGCCGGAUGUGCCUGAUACGCCUGCUAUGGCGUCUACAGGCGUAUCCCCUUCCAUGGCGGGAUACAGCCCGCCUGCCUCGCUGUAUCAGAUCUCCCCAUCGCCGCCGAUGCGAUCUCCCUCGAUCUCGACGUAUGGCUCGCCGCGUCUUGGUUGGCGUAUGAGCCAUGACUCGUCGUCGUCAUCGCAGCCUGCGCUGCCGUACACGAAAGAGUUUGUGGCAGAGUACCGUACGCGCAUGAAAACCGAUCCAGACCCCGAGGCGCAGUUUGCCUUUGCGAUGUACCUGAUCGAUGCGGCCAAGCGUAUUGCUGAUCCGCAUGAUAGUCCCAAGCAGCAGCGCAAGUACCGCGAUGCGUUGCUAGGUGAGAGUCUGCGGCUCAUCAAGAAGCUUGCCACGCAAAAUGUGGCGCCAGGCAAGCCACCGUGGGCUGAGGCGCAGUACUUCUUGGGCCACUGCUACGGCAAGGGCAGUUUGGGUCUGUCCAUUGAUCAUGCCAAGUCGUACCAUAUGUACGUCCAGGCCUCGAAGCAGAAUCAUCCUACAGCGACCUACCGCACGGCCGUGUGCAAUGAGGUGGGGGCUGGUACGAAGCGUGACUACCAGCGCGGGAUGCUGUUUUACCGCAAAGCCGCGUCGUUGGGCGAUACCGCAGGGAUGUUCAAGCUCGGGAUGAUCUUGCUGUAUGGACUCUUGGACCAGCCGCGGCAGCCGCGCGAGGCGAUUGUGUGGCUUCGUCGUGCGGCGGGCCAAGCGGACGAAGACAAUCCCCAGGCGCUGCACGAAUUGGCCAUGCAGCAUGAAAACCCCUCGAAUGCUGUGGUGCCGUACGACCCUGUGUUGGCGCGCGAUCUGUAUACCCAAGCCGCGCACCUCGGCUACUCGCCCAGCCAAUGCAAACUUGGCGAUGCAUACGCCAAUGGCGUGCUGGCGUGCACGCCCGAUGCGCGUACGAGUAUCAGCUGGUAUACCAAGGCAGCCAACAAGGGCGAUGGCCAUGCUGAGUUGGCACUCAGUGGCUGGUACCUGACAGGCGCCGAGGGCGUGCUGCAGCAGUCGGACACCGAGGCGUAUACGUGGGCGCAACGUGCUGCGAACAAGGGCAUUGCCAAUGCUGAGUAUGCUGUCGGGCACUACACGGAAGUGGGCAUCGGUACGGUGCCUGACGUAGAAGAGGCCAAGCGCUGGUACGCUCGCGCUGCUGCACAGCAGCAUGCACGCGCGAUCCAGCGCCUGCACGAUAUCAAGACGAAUGGCGGACGUAAGGCGCCCAAACCUGUUGAUGCGGAUUGUGUGAUUAUGUGA